UUGAAAGAUUUUCUCGGUUUCGUUUUGUUGUGCCGAGAAAAAUGGUUUUUCGUGAAGUUACUACGUUUCAUCUAUGUCAUGACUGACCUCUUUCACCUCAGGAAAAAUAAAAUGUGAUAUGUUUAAAAUGAGUUCUACAUCGGCGGUGGUUUGCCGUGAAGUUUUCGAUGAAAACAGCCAACCCUCUGCAGAAGAAAUCUCCGAGUAUGCUCAGCAGCUGGGCAUCGACCCUGAGAGUGAGAGCCACCUCCUGCCGCUGGCUCGAGAUGGCCUCAUGCAAGCGCUGCCUCCACCUUGGAAGGCUUACUUUGAUGAGAAACUUCAAACACAUUACUACUACAACGAAGAGACGAAGAAAACCCAGUGGGAUCAUCCGUUAGACAAUAUUUAUAGGGAGCUCGUGAAACGGGCGAGAGAUGCGUCGAUGCAAGAUGACACCUGUGCUUCAGUGCAGGAACUUCUCACAUCAGAAGAGAACACAAAAAACCUGGAACGCGUCGAAACAAAAGUUGAAAGCGACGAUGACGAACUCACAACCGACAGCGAAAACCAGACGGACGUUAAAGACAACGCAUCCGCGACCUUAACAUCUGGGCUUAAGCGCUUAAAUCCUUUGGGUCGACCGCCGCUUGCGCCUUUAGCAAGACUAGAUAAGAAGCUGGGUGAUUUGCGGAUCUCGCCCUUAAGGCGUAGUAUGGACAGUCCAUUAUCGACUAAGCCGAAUCUCGUGAGGAAUACUUCUGAUAGGGAUCUCCUGAGUCGGCAGCCGUUUGAGAGGCCGAAGCAACUCUUCAAGCAGCAGUCGGAGAUCAUAGACUUGAAGAUGCAUGUGUUGACAAGCCCUGAGGAAGAAAACUUCAGCCCUCUGCUUUCGUCUGCUAAGAUUGACAAGGGAUUACCAUUGACAGGCAAAGGCAGCAUGUUCCUCAAACUGUCCAAGUCAGAUUUCCCCAGUCCCGACACUGAGAAGUCGCUGCCUCUAGAUUCGGUCACCAAGAGCGACCCGCCUAAAGGGAUCCUACGCGAGAAGAUAUCAGACACGCUACAGAGAAAGGCUGACAGUGUUGCCAUUGGGAAGAAACAGGCGUCUAGCUUUGAAGAAGACAGAAAGAGUGUUAGAUUCAAACUGGAGAACCUUCCAGAUCCCACCAUCAGUCCAGGCUCGAACAGCUCUUCAGAACAGAACGAUGGUCAGAGCUCCAUUAUUAGUGCGGCCCCCGCUGUGCUAUCCCCUAUUAUCCCCUCGUCGCCCCUCAUUCCCCCUGUUAUCCCCCCUAUUGCCCCUGUGAACCCCUCGAUAGUGCUGUCUCCUUUGGUAGCCAGACCGCCUCUGCCGCCGAGGCCGAUGGCAGGGGAAAGUCCGAGGGAGGUUAGGAGUGCUUCUAUAUCCGAGAAGGAGUCGAUUGACAGCGACAGUCGCGAAAGCCGAGGCACGUCGCCCAGAAGGCGAGUUCUCCGUCCUCCAGCAGGCGAUUACAUCAAACCGGACUUAUUCCAGAAGAACUUUCAGAAGAUAUCCGAUCUAGUCCGACCCGGGGACAUCGAGACCUCCUCGGUGAAUCUGGAAGAACCGUCUUUGGAGAAGGAAGCCAGGCCGAGGUCUCCAAUGAUCCCACAAAAGAGCAAAAUAUCCAUCAACCUAAUGGAGAGCAUAGAAUCGGAAACCUCAAUAGAUUCACCUGACCGAGAGUUCGCGAAUCUAGACCUAAACGACCUGGACGAUUCGAACGACAUUCCAGAAAAAGAAACAAACGAAAACAUUCCAGACAAAGACUCAGAAAAAGAAAGCCCCAAAGAGGUUGAAGUCACAGAAAACUCAGAAAAGACUUCGUCACAUUCCAAAGCGUCUACCAACAAGUCGCGUACCAUCGACAGUGUUCCGAUACCUCAAAUCAAAGUUCCUAACUUAGAAUUUAUUUCGAAGCAAAACAAACUACUGCAUUCCGACUCGGAUGAUUCCAAAAAGUCUAACAACGAAGAGAGUAAAACUAGAUCGGUUAGCGUAGAAGUCCAUAAAGCGCCGCAAUUGAAAGUUUCUCCCACGCCUAGCUUUGGUUCUGAUAUGAGAUCUCCUAGAGAAUUCAAUAAGCCUUGGAGUCCCCUAUCGACCUUCAAGCCUUUGAACAAAGCGGUAAUAGCUCCUCAAAUUAAGACCUCAGAAUCUGCUUCGAGUCUCGGUAAAAACCUUGCCAGUCCUCGAUUGGAUGGGGUAAUAUUAUCUCAAGGAAAAUCCAACGAUAAUGUGGUAGUAGUGUACCAGUUUGAGACUCAAGAGGAUUCCGUUCCGAAGAUUAUAAAGUCGCCCAUGAUUCCUGAUAUGGGGACCAGGGAUAUGAUUGAGAGAACGAAGGGAGACGAAAGAAGAAGGCUAGAGUUUUCCUUGCAGAAAGAGCUGGAGAAUAUGAGGUUGGAAUGGACUACCAGGGAAAGGAGAAUGCGAGCGGAGUUGCAGGAAGAAUUUAAGGACGCAGAGGAGAGGUUUUUGACUGAGAAAAGAGUUCGGUUGGCGGAGCAGAUUGAAAGGCAUAAAAGGGAAAUUGAAGAGGCGUUGCAAACAGCAGAACACAACCACCAAUUAGCACUGCAGAACUCACUCAAACAACUGGAGGAGCAGUUCAACCACGAUAAGGACACUGCAGCAAGGCAGUACGAGGAACGAAUGGAUAAACUUAAAGAGGAGUACAAUGCUAAACUGUUGCAGAGGAAAGAGCAACUGGAGAUCGAAAACGAACACGCUCUCACCGAAGUUCGUGAACAACUGCAAACGAGUCUGCACAGGGAAAGGGCUCAAAUGGUGGAGGAGAACAGAGCGAUUAUAGACUCGCUGCGGGACGAACAUACCGCUCGGAUCACGGAGCUGAGACACGAUUAUAGGGCUGAGGUGGAGCGUCUCAGAACCCAACACGCGUGUCAUCUCGAAGAAUUACGGGCGCGUUUAGCGAGCGAGCGCGCGGCUUCAAGCCGACACCACGAGGAGCGCGCUAUGGCUGAGAAGUACAAGUGCUUGAAGGAGAAGUACGCUCGCCUGAAGCAUGACGUCAAAAUGUCAAUAGAGCGCCGUAACAAAAGAAGAGAAAUGAGCAUGACCACGGGAUCUGAGACUGAAAAAUCUAACUCACAUAAAGCGACACAAGAAAGGUGCAAAGAACUCAACGAGCGUUCAUCAAGCAUAGCAGCUGAGACGGACCAAGGCAGCGGCCGCGCUAACAACAACCCCACUGUAAGAUACAACGACAACGAGACCUCGCAGUCCGAGACGCACAAGUCAAGCCACAACAACAACCACAACUGGACCGCUAGAGAGAACCUGAUGGAUCAAGGCAGCGGCCGCGCUAACAACAACCCCACUGUAAGAUACAACGACAACGAGACCUCGCAGUCCGAGACGCACAAGACGAGCCACAACAACAACCACAACUGGACCGCUAGAGAGAACUCCGAGACGCACAAGUCGAGCCACAACAACAACCACAACUGGACCGCUAGAGAAAACACCAUACCAUCAGCAGAUACGUCCCAAAUAUCAGCCGUGAAACACCAAAGGCCCCAUCGUCGAACUGCCGUUGCUUUCAGAGAGCCGCCUCGCCGUAGGAGGGACAGAGAUAGAGAUGCAGGUGCAACCACUGAUUGUCAAGACACGUCCGAUGCGACAACCGCAGAUGAAAAACCGAAAGAAGCUGUAAAUGGACAUGGACGUCGUAGGUGCUUUACAAGAUUAAAAUCGGCGUCCACUUCGCGACUCAACUACUCACCGAAAAGAGGCGAAGGCUGGUCAAGCCCGCUUGAAUCUCUGCGGCAGCAACUCAGAAAAUUAGAUGACUUAGAAGACCAGUUCCCUGAUCUGGCCUGUCAACCGGCCUACAGCUUAAGAUACCCUUUUACGGAGUUAGGUGCGGUCACCACAGCAGAUACACCCGAGUUGGAAUUUGUACGGCACAGGGCUUUAGUGGAAAGAGAAGGGAUGCGACGGGCUCGCGCUGUGUUGAAACGGAGACGCGCCGCUUUGAGAGAAACUAGGGCUUCACUGUCGCCUCAUAGGGCUCCUUCGGAGGAACGCGAAGCAACUGAACUAGAGGUGGCGUUACACCGAGCGCGGGCGUUACUUGGAGAGAAGGAAAUAAGGCUGAGACACAUUGAGCGCGCGCUGCGAAGGCUCGCCGACGCACAUCCACCUCCGUUGAUACAGGAAGCAACAACGAGCGAUGCGUCAUCCGGCAGCGAAGCAGCAGUGGUGGAGAACGAAGCGGGCGGCGCCGUGCUUCGGUCGCUGCGGGCUUUGCAUGCGGAUGUUAGGGACAUCUGGCGCGCUUUGGAUGCUAGGAGGCCUCAUACAGCGACAUCCGGCAGCGAAGCAGCAGUGGUGGAGAACGAAGCGGGCGGCGCCGUGCUUCGGUCGCUGCGGGCUUUGCAUGCGGAUGUUAGGGACAUCUGGCGCGCGUUGGAUGCUAGGAGGCCUCAUACAGGUGAGAUGACUAAGAAAGAUUCUAAAGCAACGACCAGCGAAGCGUCAUCCGGCAGCGAAGCAGCAGUGGUGGAGAACGAAGCGGGCGGCGCCGUGCUUCGGUCGCUGCGGGCUUUGCAUGCGGAUGUGAGGGACAUCUGGCGCGCUUUGGAUGCUAGGAGACCUCAUACAGGUGAGAUUACUAAGAAAAAUUCUAAAGCAACAACUAGCGGAGCGUCAUCCGGCAGCGAAGCAGCAGUGGUGGAGAACGAAGCGGGUGGCGCCGUGCUUCGCGAAGCAGCAGUGGUGGAGAUCGAAGCGGGCGGCGCCGUGCUUCGGUCGCUGCGGGCUUUGCAUGCUGAUGUGAGGGACAUCUGGCGCGCUUUAGAUGCUAGGAGGCCUCAUACAGGUGAGAUGACUAAGAAAGAUUCUAAAGUCAACCAGCGAAGCGUCAUCCGGCAGCGAAGCAGCUGGGUGGAGAACGAAGCGAGCGGCGCCGUGCUUCGGUCGCUGCGGGCUUUGCAUGCUGAUGUUAGGGACAUCUGGCGCGCUUUGGAUGCUAGGAGGCCUCAUACAGGUGAGAUGACUAAGAAAGAUUCUAAAGCAACGACCAGCGAAGCGUCAUCCGGCAGCGAAGCAGCUGGGUGGAGAACGAAGCGGGCGGCGCCGUGCUUCGGUCGCUGCGGGCUUUGUACACAGAUCGAAGCAGCAGUGGUGGAGAUCGAAGCGGGCGGCGCCGUGCUUCGGUCGCUGCGGGCUUUGCAUGCUGAUGUUAGGGACAUCUGGCGCGCUUUGGAUGCUAGGAGGCCUCAUACAGGUGAGAUGACUAAGAAAGAUUCUAAAGCAAUGACCAGCGAAGCGUCAUCCGGCAGCGAAGCAGCAGUGGUGGAGAACGAAGCGGGCGGCGCCGUGCUUCGGUCGCUGCGGGCUUUGCAUGCAGAUGUGAGGGACAUCUGGCGCGCUUUGGAUGCUAGGAGGCCUCAUACAGGUUAG